GCUGGAAGCCACGACGAGCCACUUCCACAGGCAGGUUCGGGGUGCGGGAUCCCCGCUCAGGUUUAUGCUCUGACAGGAAUCCCGCCCGAGCGAGCGAGGAAAAGGGGCCGAGGCUGCGCGCGACCCCGAAGCCAGGCUUUCGCUCCGAGGCGCCUUUCCGGCCCGGCGGAGGGGGAAGACCCGCUCCCCCCCCUCAAACACGGGCACCACGCCUCCCCGUGGCUUCCCGCCCUGGCUCCUCCUCGCUUCCCUCCCGCGAGGCUGCUCCGAGGUGCCGCGUGCACUCGGGGGCUGACACCGGGCGACCCGGAGGGAGCACAAGGGCUUCCAGAAAAAAGGGAAUUACAGGGAAUUAACUUAACGUUGACAUGCCACUUCCAGCAGACACAAGCCAAGCCUAUACCCCUCCAGAUGGAGGAUGGGGAUGGGCAGUGGUCUUUGGAGCAUUCAUAUCCAUUGGAUUUUCAUAUGCUUUCCCCAAAGGCAUAGCAAUCUUCUUCAAAGAAAUCCAAGAUUUCUUUGGCACAUCAUACAGUGAGAUUGCAUGGGUGUCUUCAAUUAUGUUGGCUGCUACCUAUGGCGGAGGUCCCAUCAGCAGCAUUUUGGUGAACCGCUACGGUAGCCGACCGGUGGUCAUAUUGGGAGGCUUGCUAUGUGGCAUAGGGAUGGUUUCUGCAUCCUUCUGCACAAGCAUUUUUCAACUGUACUUAUGCGCUGGACUUAUCACAGGACUUGGCCUUGCCCUCAACCUCCAGCCUUCCGUGAUCAUCAUUGGAAAGUACUUCCUGAAGAGGCGUCCAAUAGCCAACGGCCUCGCCAUGGCAGGAAGCCCUGUCAUGCUUUGUACGCUCGCUCCCUUGAACCAGCUCCUUUUCGACAACUUUGGGUGGAGGGGGAGCUUUUUCAUUCUUGGGGCGAUACUACUGAACUGCUGUGUGGCUGGAGCCCUCUUCAGGCCCAUCGGCGCACCAGCUGGCCCUUCUGAGAGGCAAACAAAUAAACAAGCAAAAGAGACUUUAGCUAAAGAACAGCUUGAUAUGGGCAUAGCUGAAAUGGCUGACCCUGGAGACGAAGAGAAGGAGGAGAAAGACUGUUGCGAAAACUUUAACAAAUUCCUUGAUUUAUCUCUUUUCAAGCACAGGGGCUUCCUGAUCUAUUUGGUAGGGAAUGUGCUGAUGUUUCUGGGCUUUUUUGCCCCUAUUGUUUUUUUGGCUCCUUACGCAAAGCAUCUUGGGAUUGAUGAAUAUUCAGCAGCUUUCCUCCUUUCAAUUCUGGCAAUAGUCGAUAUGAUAGCUAGGCCAGCUACGGGGCUCAUUGCCAACAGCAAGUGGGUGAGGCCAAAGAUUCAGUAUUUCUUCAGCUUCUCCAUUGCUUUUAAUGGCACAUGCCAUCUGCUGUGCCCAUUAGCAACAGGCUAUACAGGCCUGGUAGUGUAUUCCGUCUUCUACGGGCUGGCCUUCGGUAUGGUUUGUGCAAUGCUGUUUGAAACUCUCAUGGACCUGGUUGGCGCCAGCCGAUUCACAAGUGCUGUUGGACUCGUCACUAUAGUGGAAUGCUGCACCAUCUUACUUGGGCCACCUAUUGGGGGAACUCUCAUCGACAUGUUUGGGGACUACAAAUACAUGUUCAUCAAGUGUGGGGCAGUGAUGGUGCUGGCUGGGCUAUUCCUCUUCAUUAUGAAUUACUACAACUACAGAAUGCUUGCAAAAGAGGAGAAAGCAAGGAAAAAGAUUGAAGCGCAAAAGAAGGCCGAUGGACCCGUAAGGACAGUAACUGCAGAAGGAAAUGCCACGGGAGCAGAAGAGAUGAACGGUGGCCCCGAAGCAGUCCCUCUGGGAAGUGAAGAGGAAGCACUAAAGAAUGGGGCAAACAUCACAAGUGAAGCCUAAAUCUGCAUCACCUGAUUUUCUGAAUGGGAAAUAGCUCUUUCGUAUUUCUUAAAGUGACUUCAGAUGUACAGCAUUUAUAGAUGGCCUUCACACACUAUUGCUUCCCUGCCCCCCGCUGACUCCAAAAGCCUAGAAGCAAAUAACAAGCCCAGUUUCCUACGAGCA